CUGCGGUAGCACGGAAAUGCUUCUCCGUGUGGUGUUAUCCCCAUCUCACGUGAGCCAGUGCAUUCUGUCAUCUGUGAUGGUGGUGUCCCAGCAGUUGUAACCGCUGCUGAGAGGAACGUCUCCCGUUCAUAACAAGUGGAACUCAACGCUGUAUCUUCACUGGAUUUUCUCCAGUGAAGGGACUUUCAGUUGUGAUGUUUUCAGUAAGGAACGUCAUCUUCUGUCCCCUCUUAGAAGUGGAAGCAGCUGUCGAGAUUACAGCGGAACGUGAUUCUCUUCCUCUUCGCCUUUCUGAUUCUCUGUGGACUCCUGUCCUACAUCAGCUUGGCUGACCAGUGGAAAGCCCUGAAUGGCAGGACGCCAGAAGAGCAGAAGAUGAGCCGAGAGAUCUCUGGGUUGAAACCAGCAAAUCCACCCGUCUUACCAGCUCCUCAGAAGGCAGAAGCUAAUCCAGAAAACUCCCUGGAGAUUUUACCUAAGAAGCCUCGAAAGCAUUUCCGACGGGGACCACCCAACCUGCAGAUUAGAGCCCCCGGUAAAGACUGGAAAGAUGAUACCCAGGGGGAUGCUAAGAAGAGGGAAGCCCCUGGAGACCCACACCAGGAGGAAAACACACAGAGGACGGUCAUCAGCUGGAGGGGGGCAAUGAUUGAGCCUGAGCAGGGCAGUGAACUCCCUUCAAGAAAAGCAGAAGCCCCCACCAAGCCUUCCUCGCUGGCAGCCAGGACUCGGAACCAAACAGUGCCCCCAAACUUCCGCCAGAAGGGGGUGAUUGACAUUUUCCUCCACGCAUGGAAAGGAUACCGCAAGUUCGCCUGGGGCCACGACGAGCUGAAGCCCGUGUCCAGGUCCUUCGGCGAGUGGUUCGGCCUUGGCCUCACUCUGAUUGAUGCCCUGGACACCAUGUGGAUUUUGGGUCUGAAAAAAGAGUUUGAGGAAGCCAGAAACUGGGUGUCAAAGAAGUUACACUUUCAGAAAGACGUGGAUGUUAACCUGUUUGAGAGCACAAUCCGGAUCCUCGGGGGGCUUCUGAGUGCCUACCAUCUGUCCGGGGACAGCCUCUUCCUGAGGAAAGCUGAAGAUUUUGGAAAUCGGCUAAUGCCUGCCUUCAACACGCCCUCCAAGAUCCCAUACUCCGAUGUGAACAUAGGCACGGGAGUGGCCCACCCGCCCCGCUGGACCUCGGACAGCUCGGUGGCCGAGGUGACAAGCAUUCAGCUGGAGUUCCGGGAGCUCUCGCGUCUCACAGGAGUUAAGAAGUUUCAGGAGGCUGUGGAGGAGGUGACAAGGCACAUCCACUCCCUGUCAGGGAAGAAGGACGGGCUGGUGCCAAUGUUCAUCAACACACACAGCGGCCUGUUCACCCACCUGGGCGUGUUCACCCUGGGCGCCAGGGCCGACAGUUACUACGAGUACCUGCUGAAGCAGUGGAUCCAGGGCGGCAAGACGGACACACGAUUACUGGAAGACUAUGUUGAGGCUAUCGAGGGAGUGAAAACACACUUGCUGCGGCAUUCCGAGCCCAGUAAGCUCACCUUCGUUGGGGAGCUUGCCCAUGGCCGCUUUGUUGCCAAGAUGGACCACCUCGUGUGCUUCCUGCCAGGGACUCUGGCUCUGGGUGUCCACCACGGCCUGCCUGCUGACCACAUGGAGCUCGCCCAGGAGCUGAUGGAGACCUGCUACCAGAUGAACCGCCAGAUGGAGACAGGGCUGAGUCCCGAGAUUGUGCACUUCAACCUCUAUCCCAAGGAGGGCCACCAGGAUGUGGAGGUCAAGCCGGCGGACAGGCACAAUUUGCUCCGUCCCGAGACCGUGGAGAGCCUUUUCUACCUGUACCGCCUGACAGGGGACCACAAGUACCAGGACUGGGGCUGGGAGAUCCUGCAGAGCUUCAAUACGUUCACACGGGUCCCCUCGGGAGGCUUUUCCUCUAUCAACAAUGUCCGGGAUCCCCACAAGCCGAAGCCCAGGGACAAGAUGGAGAGUUUCUUCCUGGGGGAGACACUAAAGUACCUGUAUCUGCUGUUUUCUGAUGACCUGAACCUGCUCAGCCUGGAUACCUACGUGUUCAACACUGAGGCUCACCCCCUGCCCAUCUGGACCCCCGCCUAGUGGGACAGCUCCUGGUGUGGGGACUGCUGGGUGGACAGAGGUGGCUGUGUGGGGUCUCAGCAUUUUCCCAGGGCCAAUGUGGUGCAGGGUGGCCACUGAGUGCACGUGCUGCUGGGCCGGCUCUGGGCCCUCCUUGUCUCUGCUUCUAAUCAGGACACUGUCAGGAACAGGUGGGAAGAAAAUCAGGGGUGUGUGAUUCAGGGUGAGCCCAUCCUCCGGGAGCCUCUGCCUUCUUCCCUGUGAAACUCGAAUCGGCUCACGAUUCCCAAAGCCGAAUGUCCCCACUGGCCAACUGCAGGGAGCUUCGUAGUGGUCCCGGGGCCUCUGGCUGCCUCCUGGGACCACUUGGAACCCCAGAGCCCAUGCUGUGUUCAGAGAGGAGCGAGGGGUGGCCAGACAGUGCGGCCCUGGGGCCACGGCUGUCAGGUUUACAUGUUGGACUCAGGGACUCUCCUGGCUGCCCUGCAGUGGCUCCGUGGGCUGGGGUGGCACAUUCCCCCUGCUCCCAGCCCACUCCCAAGGAGUGGCUCUCCCCAAUCAAGAUAAAGUCCAUUCGCUGUAA